AGCAGCAGCCAAUCGGCUUCCUCGGAUUGUAUGGUCACCUGCGCUGCCUCGGGUGCCGUUGGUGACCGCUGAGCAGCUUCCCGCGCGUCGUCCAGCCCGCUCCUCCGUAAGCCGCAGCCCCAACUCCUCCCCCGUCCGGCCCCCGGGGCGGAGUCUGCCGACUCGCCCUCCCCUAACCGCCUCAGCCUGCCCUCCGCCAACCGGGUACUCUCCCCACAGCAACACGGCUUCUCUUUUCCAGCUCGGCGACAGGGGCUUCCCCUCAACCGCCGCCGCCGCCGUCGGCAGAGCCUCGCCGCGCCUGCGGCCCGCGGCUGCCAUGCAGUUUAUGUUGCUUUUUAGUCGUCAGGGAAAGCUUCGACUGCAGAAAUGGUAUGUCCCACUAUCAGACAAAGAGAAGAAAAAGAUUACAAGAGAACUUGUUCAAACCGUUUUAGCACGGAAACCUAAAAUGUGCAGCUUUCUUGAGUGGCGAGAUCUGAAGAUUGUUUACAAAAGAUAUGCUAGUCUGUAUUUUUGCUGUGCUAUUGAGGAUCAGGAUAAUGAACUAAUUACCCUGGAAAUAAUUCAUCGUUACGUGGAAUUACUUGACAAGUAUUUUGGCAGUGUGUGUGAACUUGAUAUCAUCUUUAAUUUUGAGAAGGCUUAUUUUAUUUUAGAUGAGUUUCUUUUGGGAGGGGAAGUUCAGGAAACAUCCAAGAAAAAUGUCCUUAAAGCAAUCGAGCAGGCCGACCUACUGCAGGAGCCACGUCAUGAAUAUUUUAAUGUCCCUGUGUACUAAAUGACUACUCAUCGAGUAUGCAGAAUUUCACAGAGGAAAUAGAGUGCUGCAUACAUAGGAAAGAAAAUAUCCUCAGCUUGGUGACCGAUUAUCUUGUAUAAUAAUAGAUCAUUUCAGAGCCAGUACCUUUAUGAUUGUAUUUUUUUCUGUUCUCAUUCCUAAUUCUUCUCUGUUUUAUUUUCAUUCUGUGUGUGAUAUUGUUAUAGCUCCUUCCUGUCCAAAACUGAUUUUAUCUCAUCUAGACCAAUAUGACCUAUGAGCGUUUUGAGUAAUAUUUCAUUUUAACCACAUGCAUGUUAUCAUUAAUGAACUAUCUGUUAUUAAUCUUAUAAGAGGAAAACCUGGCAAUCAUUAAAAUGUUUACCAAAGAAAAUAUAGUUGAAGUGCUAGAUCUAAAUAAGCAGUGCCAUAAUAUAUAGUGUGGUUUGGUCUUCAAAUCUUGGGAGGUGGGGAGAUGAUUUUUUGUGACUAUCGUACAAUCUAUAUGCAGUAAUGUGGUAUAUGUGGAAAUAAGAAAGUAAAAUGAAUCUGUAUUAUUAUAUAAUAUUUAAAGUUAAAACAUUCAGUUUUUAAGAAACUGUAGUACCACAUUAUUGGAUCACAUUUGUGGUAUACAAUGAUAUUGAAAAUCCUUUUAAGAAUUUAUAGAAAGCUAUGUCUGAAAAGUCUCUUCUGCGAAAUCUGUUGCUUAAUAGUAACUUUUCCAAAGUAUUAAUGCUGAGUUUAAGUAUAUAAUUAAAAAAUUCUAAUGUUCAAUUUCAAUUCCUAAAUACUUGCGUUUUACUAGUUAUGCCUUUCUAAUAUAUUAAAUCUUCAUUUAAAUACUUAAUGCUUUGUUAACUUUGGCAUUAUAUUUCUGAAUAUUAAAACUUUUAUUAUUGAUCACUAUUGUAUAUUUUAAUAAAAUAUAAAAGGAAAAGUACCAAAUAAUUCAUUGUUUAUAUCUAGAGAGCAUAAAGCCUGAGUUAAGUAACUUAUUAAACAAUAGCUUCAGAAUAUGAUCAAACUGGUUUGCCACUGAAAGAAGACCUAUGAAAAUGUGUUGUUGUUUUUUUUAUUUUUUUUUUUGAAAAUGUGUUUUGACCAAACUUAGUAUUGGGCAGGUAUACAGACAAGUUAUUUCCAUUCUUACCAUUCUUGCUGUAAUGCACUACAUUUGAAGCACCUGGAUGUGCUAUCAAAUGAGGAAUUUACCAUUAUACAUUUGAAGCAUUGGGAAACGUUGUUCUUUCAUUUUCAUUUGUUUCCUCCAUCCCUCCCUCUGCUCCACAAUAUGUUAUUCAUCUGGUUUUAAUGCUACAUAACUAUGCAUUGUCUCAUGCCUGUUUGCUUUGGAUGCUAUGUUCUGAGCUAUAACAAAAUGUUGCUUCUUUUGUUAUCUGUAUACAGCUGCUUGCUUUAAAUUAUUAGUAGAUUCUGAAACAGCUUUCCUCGCAUGUCUAAAAUAAAAGUAUUGCAUGUA